UGCUCACCUACUACCCGGCUUUCCUCUCCACGCUUUUUUUUUAAUCCUCUGAUCAGCGGAAAAGGGUCAAGCGCGGCGGCGGCGGAGGCGGAGGAGGAGGAGAAGUAUGCGGGGAGUCGGGGACGCGUAUCGGAUAAAUCUUGUGAGUUGUGAGACUUUGGGGGUCUUGAGUUGAUCGCAUCGACCUCCUUUUCUUCUAAGGGACUUUGGUUUUGGAGAACCUAUUAUAUGUUUUCCUGAGAGAAAAGGGGGGCAGAAAGAAUGUACGACGCUCCGCCGCCCCGUGCUUCGGGAUCUGCUACCGCCAAUGCGGCGGGCUUGGUGGCACCUAGGUCUUAUCAGGUCUGGGAGGGUAGCAACGUGUUUUUUCUUAAAGGGAGGUUCAUAUUUGGACCUGACGCAAGGUCACUCUUUCUGACCAUGUUCCUAAUCAUUGCUCCUGCUGCAAUAUUUUGUGUUUUUGUAGCCCGAAAACUAAUGGAUAAAUUUUCGCACCACACGGGUAUAUGCAUUAUGGUCAUCACAAUUGCAUUUACAUUAUAUGAUUUGUGUCUUUUGCUACUCACAUCUGGAAGAGAUCCAGGCAUAAUACCCCGAAAUUUAAAACCACCUGAACCUGAAGACUUCGAUGGAAGCAUCGAUGUUGGGAGCAUUCAAACCCCACAAUUGCGUUUACCUCGAAUGAAAGAUGUCAUAAUCAAUGGGAUAAUUGUGAAGAUCAAGUAUUGUGACACAUGCAUGCUUUAUCGGCCUCCUCGUUGUUCCCAUUGUUCAAUAUGCAACAACUGUGUGGAGCGCUUUGAUCAUCACUGCCCAUGGGUUGGACAAUGCAUUGGGCUAAGGAAUUAUAGGUUCUUUUAUAUGUUUGUUUUCUCAACAACUCUUCUCUGCUUCUACGUCUUUGUCUUCUGCUGGGUUUAUAUCAAGAAAAUUAUGGAUGCAGAAGAAAUAAAUAUGUGGAGGGCAAUGGCAAAAACUCCUGCUUCAAUUGUUCUAAUCAUUUACACAUUUAUAGCGGUGUGGUUCGUGGGUGGCCUUUCUGUUUUCCAUUUAUAUCUCAUAAGCACUAAUCAGGUAAAUGAUGUGCUUUUUAUAGUUGAUCUUGUUCUCAUGCAUGUCAUCGAAGCAUUAUUUUCAUACUUCCGGUUGUAAAAUAAUAGUUGUA